AUGCUGCCACAUGCCACACAACUUGAGGAAAAUGUACGCGUCGCAGCUGGCGUCGGUGCGCGCAGCUUGCAGAUGCAAGGCUGUUCCGAAGUGUUCGUUGAUUCGAUGGAAUAUCCCGAACAGGCUGCCGAAGGUAGUGCCUUGGCAAUUUGGCGAUAUCAAGAUAAUAAAAUGAAGAAGGAUCGAAAAGUGAUUCCUAAAUUAGAGUUAUACGAUUCGCCCGACAUUGAUGCCUGGACGCGUGGUCUGUUCAAAGCAGAAGCGCAAAAUCUUGCUCGCCGACUUAGUGAUGCACCAGCCAAUCAAAUGACGCCCACCACAUUUGCACAAGCUACUGUGGACGCGUUAGUACGCGGGGUAACGGUUGAGAUACCUACAAUGGAAUGGAUCGAACAGCAACAUCUCAAUUCAUUUCUAAUGAUUGCGAAGGGCUCCUGCGAACCGCCCGUGCUGCUGGAGAUAAGUUAUUGCGGUACAGCGCCAGAAGAUAAGCCGAUUUUGUUAUUGGGCAAGGGUAUGACAUUCAAUAGUGGUGGCCUCUGCUUAAGGCCUUGCAAGGGUAUGGAUGAAUAUCGUGGCGCCAUGGCCGGUGCCGCUGUUGUAGUUGCUUCCAUACGCGCUGCUGCUGCGCUCUCUUUACCUAUUAACAUUUCGGCAGUUAUACCACUUUGCGAGAAUAUGCCUUCGGGUAUGGCUUGCAAGCCCGGCGAUGUAGUCACGUUGCUUAACGGUAAAUCACUGGCGAUACGUGAUACUGAUAAGGCUGGCGUGGUCGUAAUGGCUGAUCCGCUGAUCUAUGCUCAGACUACGUACAAGCCACGUCUGGUUGUCGAUGUGGCAACACUGGGCAAGGGUGUGAAGAAGGCAUUGGGUGGUGGUGCAACUGGCAUUUUCUCAAACUCCCAUUACAUUUGGAAACAAUUCCAAAAGGCCGGUUCACUCACUGGCGAUCGCAUGUGGCGCUUACCGCUCUGGAACUAUUAUAAAUAUCUGGUCACAAACCAUGUUAGUUUCGAUGUGAGCAAUAAUGGAUCUGGCCCGGCUUCAUCUUGUUUGGCUGCUGCUAUUUUACAUCAAUUUGUGCCUUGCGUGGAUUGGGCUCAUUUGGAUAUACGUGGUGUGGGCAUGUUGACGAAAUUCGGUACUCUGCCAUAUUUGUUGAAAGAUCGCAUGACUGGUCGCCCGACCCGUACAAUGAUACAAUUCCUCUAUCAAAUGGCCUGUCCUGAUCAGCAAAAGUAGUUCGUCGAGCUGAGAGUAUGUUCCUCACACCAACCCUGCCAUGACCUGCCACCUGAUCAAAGAUCAAAUGUAUUUGUAUAUAAUAAUAUUUAGUGAAAUGUAAUUCGAAAUUUUAUCUGUGAUUUAAUUGUUUCUUUUUUAAUUAUUCUAAAUGGCGAUGUUUAUAUAUUUUUGAUUAUUUAUAUGUAUAUACAUGUAUAUAUAU